AGUCAUCAAACAUGGAGCGGCUUCACAUUCUUCUUGUCCUUCUUUUAGGACAUCGUUGGAUUUUUGGCUCAGUGGUGAAUGUGACAGUGAGAUCAGGAGAAAACAUUACUCUGUACUGUGACUGUAAAAUAUUGACUGAUGAAAUUAUUAUGUGGUACAGAAACUGUACACAUGAAAAUCAGCCUCCUCUUGUUCUAGAAAAAGAAAAGGAUCCGUUCAAACCCACCAGUGGCCGUGCCACUCUAGUGAAUUUUCUACCUCGCUUCCAUUUUGUAGAAAACCAGUCCGCUAGUUCCUAUGAUCUGCUGAUCAUGAAUAUUUCUGAUUCUGAUGAGGGCCUCUAUUACUGUGGAACUGAGCAGUCACAAUCAGUGGGUGGAAAUAAACACAAAUAUAUUUAUGGAUAUAGCAAUGCUACAACACGGAUCCGAUUCAACUCCAGUGACCAAAUUUCAACUGAUCACCCAACUCUACAAGAGUGCAGCAUAUGUUGGAAGCUGCUGUUCGUCCUGUGUCCAACUUUUGCUGUUCUGUCCUCUCUUCUUGUCUCCCUUCUUGUUCAUCGCCUCUGCCAGAAAACAGAUGAUCAGCAGAGAUUUGAAACUAGUGGCAGAACAAGAAGGAAUCAGGAUGAAGAUGUGUUUUAUGCUACAAUGGAAACCCGUCAAGCAGCACACAGAUCAAAGAAGAUAACCGAUAGUUCUGACAUCUGCACCUAUUCUGCUAUCAACACCUCUGGCAUAUAGAUUUAACAAUAUUUCAUUUUGUGAAUUUGUCAGCAUUCUUAGCUUUACCACAAGAAUUGACAGGCGCUGGCCUUUUGGCCUUAUGGAGGAAUUACCUCACUGAAAGAUGAAGCAACUUGAUUAUGUGCACAUAACAUAAUUAGUAACAUUGCAAUAGGCCUGUGCUGCUGGAGUGUUUCUUCUUAACUAAACUUUUUUCACUCUCUGUGUUUGUACAACACUUUGCAUUUAGUCAUUUGUUAUUAUUAAUCCCUGGCUCUCUUACAGUGUGUCUUUUUUCCUGUCUUCCUCACCUUGUAUCCUACUGGUUGUGCCAGAUUGUUCCCCCCCACCCCAAACCUGGUUCUGCUUGAGCUUUUUCCCUAUUAGGGGAAUUUUGCCUUCCUACAUUAGUGCUUGCUCAUAGAAAGUCAUCUGAUUUUUUUUGUGUUUUCUCUGCAUUAUAGAAGUGUCUUUACCUUACAAUGUAAAGUGCCUCGGUUUGUUUGGCACCAUGUAAAUAAAUUUGAAUUGAAUACUAAAAUGUGA